AUGGCCAAUAUUGUCUUUGACACCCAGGCCAUUUCCUACGCAGGAUGUGUUGUUCAGCCCCUGCACUACAGGACCCUGCUAGGCAGCAGAGCUUGUGCCACCAUGGCAGCAGCUGCCUGGGGUGCUGGGCUUCUCUAUUCCCUGCUGCACACUGCCAAUACAUUCUCAAUGCCUCUCUGCCAAGGCAAUGCUGUGGAUCAGUUCUUCUGUGAAAUCCCCCACAUCCUCAAGCUCUCCUGCUCACAGUCCUACCUCAAAGAAAUUUUUGUUGUUGUGGUCAGUGCCUCUGUAGCAUCUGGGUGCUUUGCUUUUAUUGUAUUCUCCUACGUGCAGGUCUUCAGGGCCGUGCUGAGGAUGCCCUCUGAUCAGGGACGGCACAAAGCCUUUUCAACGUGCCUCCCUCACCUGGCUGUUGUCUCCCUGUUUAUCAGCACUGCCAUGUUUGCCUACCUGAAGCCGCCCUCCAUUUCCUCCCCAUCCCUGGACCUGCUGGUUGCUGUUCUGUACUCGGUGGUGCCUCCAGCAGUGAACCCCCUCAUUUACAGCUUGAGGAACCAGGAGAUCAAGGAUGCCUUCAGGAAAAUAUUGCAAUAUACAUUGUUUCUCCAUCAAAAUUAUUGUCAUCACUCUCCCAAGACUAUAAUGACUUAG